CCGACUGGAUCGGACUGUUUUGUUUACUUUUUGAAGACUCGUCUCCACUUUUUUAACGCACAUUUUGGUCAUUUUCACAUUCAUUCUCAGGAUUUUUAACGAAAUUCUUGAACUUUUUACAUUUUAAGUUACACGUUAGAACGUCCGUUGUCUGCACCGGUGUUUUUAAAGGUUAAUUUCGCAGCAAGACGAGCUGUCGUUUUCCACCAUCUCUGAAUCACAUUUUCUGCCAAAAGGGUUUUGGUGUCGAUUUCAAGACUUAUAAGGAGUUUCAAGCAAAUCACGUGGUAGGAAUCCCUCUUUGCUCUCACACCAGCAACAGACAGCGAGGCACCAGCGGCCGGCCAGCCAGCCAACUUCAUCUUCUCCAUGACCUCUGACCUGGCAGCUGCGCCAUCUCAUUGCCACACACACAAUGGAGAGGCCGUUUGCAGUGGACAGAGCCAAGACGGGCCGGUCAGGAUGCAAGGUUUGCAAACAGAAGAUCGAGUCGGGCACGCUGCGAAUCGCUCGGAUUCAGUCGAAUCCUUUUGGUGGCGACGGAAGCACAAUGAAGGCCUGGCACCACGUUCCUUGUCUCUUCACCGCGUUGUCCAAAGCGCGUGCAACGACCAGGCGAAUUGAGAAUCCCGAAGAGGACAUUGAAGGCUGGGAUCAGAUAAGCCAGGAGGACAAGGACGAGAUUCAAGCUCAGCUGGAAGACAUGCCAGCGCCAAAAACUCCUAAGACUAAAGCUCCUGCAGCAAAAGCAAAGGAAAAAGAGAGUCCGUCAAAAAAUUUAUCUCAAGUGGCAAAAGCAGGCAGUAGUCAAGAGCAACAGCAGACAAGUGGAAAGGACGACUCGUUCCGAGAGUUUCGUCGCAUUUGUUCGCUUGUCGCUGAAGUUCCUGCCUACACAGACAAGAGCAACAUUGUUCACAACUUCCUGACUAAAGGCAGCUCUGGAGAUGGAUUUACUGGAGACAAACUUCUUUGGGUUCGUUUGCUGCUGCCAAUGGUGGAAAAAAGAAUCUACAAUUUGCAAAGCAAGCAGCUGAUAAAACUUUUUAGCCAAAUUUUUGGAGCUAAUCAUGAUGCAAUGCUGGAAGAUCUAGAGCAAGGAGAUGUGGCGAACACAAUAAAAACUUUUUAUGAAGCAAGCAGCAAAUGCCCACCAGUUGGAAAAAGUACCCUCUCCCUUCAAGAGGUUGAUGGAUUAUUGGAUGAGCUCUCAAAUAUUAGAACAGAAGACAAACAAAUCUUGAUUUUACAGAAGAUUGUUAGAAGAUGCACAAGCAACGAUUUGCUAAUGAUUGUCCGCCUUAUAGUGCACGAUUUACGCAUAAACGCUGGGCCUAAGCACAUCUUGGACGGUGUUCACAAAGAUGCUUAUGAGGCAUUCCAGAAUUCUAGAGAUCUUCGAACUGUAAUAAACCAAAGUACAGCAGCAAGCGCACCACUGAAAAUAGGCUUCAGCCUCAUGACGCCUUGCUUACCAAUGCUGGCUGAAGUUUGCAAAAGUGUUGAGCAAGCAAUGACUCGUUGUCCAAACGGCAUGCUCGCAGAGGUCAAAUACGACGGAGAAAGAGUGCAGGUGCACAAAUCUGGAGACUCUUUCCGAUACUUCUCUCGUAGUCUUAAACCAGUUCAAGAACACAAGAUAAAGCAUUUUGCUAAGCAUAUUCCUAAGGCAUUUCCACAUGGCCACAACUUGGUCCUGGACAGCGAAGUCCUGCUGAUGGACACAACCACUGGAAAACCUCUACCUUUCGGAACAUUGGGAGUUCAUAAAAAAGCAGAAUUUGAGGAUGCAUCUGUGUGCUUGUUUGUGUUCGACUGUCUUUUUUACAACGGGAAAUCCCUGUUGAAUAAGUCAAUUCAAGAGAGGCGUGAGAUCUUGACGGAAGUCAUGACUGAAGUUCCUCAUCAUGUUGUGUUUUCGGAAACGAAACUUAUUCAUCAACCUUUGGAGCUGGAAAAGAUGAUAGCUCGAGUUCUCAGUGAAGGUCUUGAGGGCCUUGUUCUAAAAGACUUGCAAAGCAAGUACGAACCUGGCAAGCGACACUGGUUGAAAAUAAAAAAGGACUACCUAGCUGGUGGGAAAAUGGCAGACACUGCUGACCUGGUGCCUCUUGGCUCGUGGUUCGGCACUGGUAGCAAGGGAGGGAUGCAAAGCAUAUUUUUGAUGUGCUCUUUCGAUCCAGUCAAGAAGGUGUGGGUCACAGUAACUAAGGUGCAUGGUGGGUUUGACAACAAGGAGCUGGAGAAAUUGCAGACAUCACUUGAAAUGAGGAAAAUUAGCAAGCAAUUUGAAAAAAUUCCAUCCUGGUUACACUGCCAUCGACAUCAUGCUCCGGAUUUUAUUGCAGUUGAUCCUGAGAAAAUGCCAGUUUGGGAAAUUACCGGAGCAGAGUUCACCUCACACGAUGCUCACACAGCAGGCAUAUCAGUGCGCUUCCCACGCGUGACUAGAGUUCGUGAUGAUAAAACCUUUAAAGAGGCUACCAACUUGCAAGAACUUAUGACCCUGUACCAAAACUCAAGAAAUGGAACUGACGUGAGCUCGCUCUUUGGGGACAAAAAUGGCGAGAGUUCAAAGAAAACAGAUUUGGAAAAGCUAUCUCCAGUUGCAAAAAGAAGGAAAAUUGAGCAGUUUUUUGGGUCCCCAGUCAAAAAGGAGCCAGAAACUGUAAAGGCUGGGAAAAAAGCAGAGAGAGAUGCAACUAGCAAAGAAUCACACAUUCCACAUUCACCAAAACGAAUAAUUUCGAACCCCUGCAAAGAUCCAAAUUUAAUUUGUCCUCUGCCUGAUGUUUUUACUGGAGUCCGCUUGGUUUUCCCUUCAUGGGUUCAGCAUCGAGAAUUGGCCCGGUACUUCAUUGCGUUUGGAGGUGAAAUUUUAACGCCAUUGCAAGCAAGCAAAGCAACCCACUGCAUUUAUGACUCGGCACAUCCACCACUCACAAAAGGCAGUGUGAUUCCUGUUAGAUCACAGUGGAUCAUUAAUUCCAUUAGGACGAAAAAGUUGCAACCAGUUUCAUAAUUGGUCAAGUGAAGAUUCUUCGACGUGAUCAGAACAUUGAAGAUUGAAAUGAUGACCAGCUUUGUUCAGUAAAAAUGGCUUUCAUAUUAUAAUUUUUGUAAUAUGAAUGUUUGUUGUGCAAGUUACUUGGCUAUUAAAGUUCCUCUUUUUAAUAUUAAUCUAAAACUGAUUUUUCAUCUU